GUGUCUGACGAAAAUUUGUGUAAUUCUACUGACUUCUGCUGUCAAUGUUUCUUUUUCUGAAUAAAGACUUUUUCGCUACUGCAAAUAUACAUAUCAAUGCUAAAAAUUGUUAAAUUGGGCGGACAGUAAAUUGCAUGAAAAAAAUUCUCUUUCUAAUUGUGGUUUAUUUGUUUAUAGUUUGGCAGCAACCGUAUGUCAACCUGUUCAAACAUUAUGGUGCUGGUGAAUGGAAGAAAUGUUCAAAGGAAGGUGAUGUUGUGAAAAUUAUGGAUCGUGGGAUUAAAUCAUCAAUAUAUCGGCUAAGUGGGCAAGUUCCAUCCGGAAAUUUUAUACAGUUUCCACACCCCAAAAGUCCUCCAUUGAGGCUGACUGGGCACAUUUUAUAUGUUCUGUUCAAGCCUGUUACUGGAAAGUAUUUUUCUAUUCAACUUGAUGUAGCUACGAGUGAUGGCGUUGUCGUUAGAAUUACUUUGUCAAAUAUGUUUAAAGAAUUUAAGUCCACAUCGACUUGGUUACAAUUUCCUGUUGUUUUAAACCCUCCUCCUGGCUCGGUCGAAGAAGCAACAUCACUUCUGCUUUGCUCAAAAGAUCGUGUUGGUGCUGCUCCAUACACUACUCGUUGGACGUUGUUAUGUUUUAAUAUGCAGUAUGUUUUGUCAGUGUAUCUUAACAAACAUUACUUAUACUUGAAGAAACUAAGACUUUGUUCCAGCAUGUUUGUGAAAAACGCCUUUACUAGUGAUAUUUGUUAUGAACCAGGACUUGAUAUAAAAGUUGCACGGAAAACUGGUCUCCUAGCUUCAGGAGUUGUUCCUCUUCCACGUGAAAUAAGCUUUCCAUUAGAAAGACAUCAAGAUUGGCAUGAGAAGUAUGAUUACAUAAAAUUUCCUUCCAGUAAGCAACAACCAUGCUAUAGACCAGAGCAAAUAGGUCAUAAUUGUGAAAGAAGUACAAAUAUGAAAGUUUCUCCUGGACAGCUAACCAGUUCUCGUGCAACAUCAAGACGAACCAAUCAUUGUGAUUCUAGUACCUCAAAAGCUUUGAAAUCAAGAGUGGCCUUAGUGGAUAAAGUGACAUCAGCAAUGAUGAACCAGUCUGAAAUUAUGAAUAGUAAAUCGCUAGCCUCCACACUCACAGGAAGAAACUCCUCUCCAACCUAUGAAAAAAGGCAACAUCCCAAGAAUAUAAGAGAGAAUAAAAAAAAUAUAGUUUGCCAUUUACCAGAAGUUGGGUUAAAUGACCAUUCAAUGAAGUUAGACACAACAAAUGAUGUUCAUAUUUAUGCUUCACCCAAAGCUUAUAGAGGAAAGGAAAAUCUACCAUUAAAAUCAACGAAAGAAAUUAUAUCUAGACAAAAGAGUCGAAAACCUACAAAUUACCAGAGAACGAUGUUACAGCCUGAUCCAAUAUUAUCGUUAAAAAAAGUUGUUGGUUUUGGUGGCGCUACUUACAAACAUGCGAUAUGGUUGGAAGAUGGAGAACAUAUUAUAUAUCCAUGUCAAUCUGUGAUCAUUUUACUUGACAUUACCAGUGGGAAACAAAAAUUUCUAUUUGGGCACACAAAUAAGAUCUCUGCUCUUGAAUGUGCCAGGAAUAAUACCUUGUUGGCUUCAGCACAGUGCAGUGAGGACUCCAUAAUAAGAAUUUGGGAUAGUAAGACGCUGAAAUGUUUGACCAUAUUCCAAACGAAUUUAAAUAAUGUAUCAUUACUGAGUUUCUGUUGUAAUGCUGAAAAGUUAUGUGCAGUAGGUGAAGACAGAAAUAGGAAACAAGUUGUUACUGUGUGGGACACAUCAAUAGCUUCAAGAGGAGGAAAAGUUGUCUUAAUUGGAAAAGCUCACACUGAGCUUAAUAUUAAUAAUAUUUGCUGUAUGAAAUUUACUUCAUUCGAUGACACAAGAUUGAUAUCAUGUGGAAAUCAUAACAUCAGAGUUUGGAAAAUCAAAUCAAACAGUCUACGAUCAUGUCCAGUUGACUGGCAUCAUCUUGGCAAUGUUUGUUUUACGGAUUUUACAAUUGCAGGAACUACUCGUCUGGUUAAAGAUAAAACAAAUAUAUCAGUCUUCUUUACCACCAACACUGGAUCUGUUUAUGAAGUCAACUACAAAUCACUGAAAGUUGUGAACAUUUAUAAAUUAUUUGACAACAAACACUCUGAUCUUGAAAAGAAUGUUGGCUUAAAUACAAUAUCCUUUUCCCCGAAUUUUGUUGCAGUAGGUUCCAAUGACGGUGUCUUGCAAUUGUGGUCUACGAAUUUCAAAUCAGUUUUAUUAGAAGCUGAACACGACGGCUCACUCUCAAUGGUGAAAAUUUCAAUAACUGGAGAUAAGGUUUUGGCUGGAACUAGUUCUGGCAGCCUUGGUAUCUUGGACAUAGCUCAAAAAUCAUAUUCAACAAUAACUCGAUCUCACAAUGCAUCUAUAUCAUCCUUCUCAUUUGAGAUGAUACAUAAUCAUGUUGCAACCAUUUCAGAAGACGGCAGCAUCAAGUUAUGGAGCCAAUGGAAUAUGGCACAAAUUUACGAUUUUCAGGCUGAAAACGAGAAGCCGACUUCCGUAUGUUGCCAUCCAUGCAAAGCUGAAUUUGCAUGUGGUUUUAAAAAUGGUAGUAUCCGCUUAUUCAGUUUGUCAACAACUUCCUUAAUGUUUGAACUAAAAGAGCACUGUGAAGAAGUGCAUUCAAUACUGUUUAACAAAAGUGGUGAGCUUUUUUAUUCUGCAAGUAGAGAUGGAACCCUGAUAAUGCACAGGACACUGAAUUUAAGCAACAAUUAUGAAGUUCUUCGUUGUUUGCCAAACUCAAUAGCAAGACAGACUACAAUUUCAUCAAAUGCUAUGACUCUGGAUGACAGUGGACAGAAAUUAGCUGUUAUUGGACCAUCGGAAUUUGUUGUAACUGUUUUUGCAGCAAGGUCUUUAGACCAGUUACUGCAUAUUGAUGUGACAACAAUGACCAGUCAUUCAAAGUUUAUUAUUGAUGAAGCAAUUGGUGUACUGUUCUCUCCAGCUUCCAUUGGACAGCUACUUGUUGUGACAUCAAACUCGCGACUGUUAAAGUUUGAAUGUACAACUGGGCAGUUACUUUCCGAGUCUUCAAAAGUUCACGAAGGUGGUGUAAGCAGUUUUUGUUGCAGUGAAAAUGGAAAAUACAUUGCAACUGCAGGUGAUAACUGCAUCAAAGUGUGGGAUUAUCACUUAGAGAAGGAUGUGAAUCACCAGGUAUUUAUAGGACAUUGUAAUCCAAUAUCCAAAUUGCAAUUUUCAUCAAAUGAUGAGUAUCUUUUGUCGUGUGGUGAUACUUUAUUUUUGUGGGAUUUCUUGAGUUAUGAAAACACAAGCCUUCGGAAAAAUGAAAUUUCAAAAGACACAGAUUGCUGUUCCUUACCAUGUGAGAAAUUGUAUGGCUCACUAAAGCCUCGUGAACCACCACCUCUUCCACGUCCACAAGAUCUUGACAUAAGUGUCAUCAACAUACAAGAUGAUAGUGUUAAUGAUGACGAGGAGGAUGUAGAGGCCUUCCCUACAUCUGAUGAUGAAAUAGAUUUCGCUGUGGAGAGAGCUAAAAAUAAUACUGUUCACGAAAUAACAAGUGAUGACGACGAAAUAACACCUUCGGUUGAACAACCAACUUCAACUGCAACCACUAUGCCACCCGUUACCCAUCAUGCAGCGCCCACUGUACAUGCGCAUUUUAAGCCCCGACCUAACACUUCUAAAUUAGCAGCUAAAUGCUAUGCAGCACCAGCACAUCAAGCUGGGUUAAAACUUAACUCGUUUAUUGGUUGUAAUGGUAAUGCAAGAAGUAACAUCUUGUGGCAUCCAGAAACAGGAUUGUUUAUGUACACAUGUGGAUGUGUUUUAAUCAUUGAAGAUCUUAACAGUGGCAAACAGUGUCUGUUACAUAAGCAUACUGAAGAAAUCUCCACACUUGCGUUACAAAACGAUGGACAAGUUGUUGCAACAGGUGGUAGUUUGAAUGCUGCUACGAAUUAUGGAGAGAUUUGUGUGUGGAGUGUUCGGCAUGGAAGUUGUCAAAAGGUAUUGAACGUCCACCAUUGCAGUGUUAUGGCACUGCAGUUCUCUCGAGAUGAUCGAUACUUGGUAUCACUUGGAAACUAUCAAGAAUGUUCACUUGUAGUAUGGUGUACGCGUGACUAUAUCGUACUGGCGCAAGCUACAACGAAUUUUCCGAUGCAUGCUGUACACUGGCACCCGUAUAGUGCAAACGAACUGGUUACUGUUGGUAGAAAUCGCAGUGUCUUGUUCUGGCAUGUAACAGACGAUCAAACUGACGGUGAAAUACUUCAGAUGACGAAAGGGGAAUUGCCUUCAGAGAUCUUUAGAGAUGAUAGUAACGAUGUAACUGCUGUUUGUUACGCCGAUCGUAACUUGUUGUUCACAGCUACGUCAAAGGGUGUCGUAUGUGCGUGGAAUGUUCACAACAAAAGUUGUUUCAUGCACUGGCAAGCGGAUAACGAAGAAAUAGAUCUACUUGUGGCAAGGUUUGGCAAGCUAGUUACAGGAAGCUGUUCCAAACAGCUAUGCUUGUGGUCAAUCAGUGGAAUCGAAAAGAUCAAUGAAAAUGAUACGUUAAGGGACUUCGAACAAAACGGUUUAGUUUUGCAAUUUAAGAGGAAGCUAGAUUCAGCUAUCACUGGUGGUGUAUUCGACGAUACAAUAGAGAUGGGAGUGGUUGGUACUUCAAACGGUACGAUAUAUUACAUUAGUUGGGAUGACGUUUCUGAUGUGGGAAUUGUUAGUGGACAUCACCAAAACAUUUUAAAUGUUGCAUUUUGUGGUGGCAAUGAAAAAUACUUCGCGACGAGCAGUUAUGAUGGUGGCUUGCGUUUAUGGAGCCUGGAGACUAGGGAACAGUGUGCUCAAUUUCUUGUGAUUGGACAGGCAUGUAACUGCGUGGCUUUUCGAUCCCUACCAAAAGAUGAAUCCGCUAAUACACAUCAAAACAUGUUCAACCAGAUGUUGCAUCCAGCGAAACCACAUGCAGAACACCCAUCUCAGUGUGUUGCAGGCUAUCAGGACGGUACAGUGCGAAUGUUUGAUUUUGGACGCAUGGAAAUGCUGUUGAAGAUGAAACCGCAUUCGUCGAGUGUAACAGCGAUCUUGUGCUCGGCUGACGGUCGAGUUGUUUUAAGUGGGAGUCACAAAGGUGUCGUGGUCGUCAGCAGUUUAUCAACUGGUAUGACCAUGUGCGUUAUAAAUGACCAUCGUGGAGCUUCUGUAUGCUGUAUACGAAGACAAAGAAGUUACAAUUCCGCCUCCUCCUGUCUGUGGCUUGCUGCAAGUGGUGAUCGUCGUAUCAGUGUGUGGCAAGCUGAUUGGUCGAAAGAUUUGUGUGAGCUCACCGAUUGGAUAACGUUUGCAGGUACAAAUUACAACGAGUCAAAGAGAGAUGUUACCUUCCCAACGUUGGCAGACUUCAAUCCGCUUGAUGCAGAUGUACUUAUCUAUACUGGAUACGCAUUAGCUAAAGAAGUCUCUUUUUACAGCUUAUCACAGCAAAAGGUGAUAAAGACCAUAGGACUGACAGACUGGGUACUAAGUAUGGAUUUAUCACCGACUGGAAAUCUUUUAGCUGUCGGAUGUGCAGAUCGCUUAGCAAAAUUGAUCGACAUCGAAGCUGAUACUUUCCAAGACUUUCUUGGUCACACUGACUCUGUUAACAACAUUCGAUUUUCCUGCGAUGGUAGACAUUUGUUAACCAGUGCAGGUACGGAGUUAGCUGUUUGGAACGUUCUUGUUUGAUGAUAAACCCAAAAAUAGUCAAGAAUUAACGCGCAUCAAAGUCGCAUUCAAGAAAAUUCAUUGAAAGUGCUUCUUUGUUGCUGAUAACUUGCAGAGGAUGACAUAAGUAACCAGAUUAAAGUUCCUUCAUACAGAAAAAAGCGAGUUACACUUUUAUCACAAAAACUCUGGAUAUUAUGGAGUUCAUUCCAUCCACUGUAACCCAACUGAUGACAUGACCUAGCCACAAAAUAACAUCUGGUAUACUCAACGUACUUGCUUGUUGAGUUAGCGGCUGACGGAGUCCGUUCUAAUUAUUACCAUGGAAGCAAAGAUUUUAGCGACACUUUUUUCCGGCAAAUUUAUUUCACGUGUGUCCCCCUUCAAUCGCAAAAUCGCAAAGUCUGUUUUAAGUGGUCUAAUUCUGGUAAAGUUCUGAUUAAAAUAUACAAUCUGGAUUCAUUCUAAAUAAUUUUUUUCUCGUAAUAGAAUUCAACACAUUAUUUACAAUUAUUCAGAAAGACUUUGCAAUCUUUUCUAAUUACUCCUCCUAAUUUAUAAAAUCAAAACACGCCCAAAUUUUCUAAUCACUCUUUAUCUCCCAAUUUAUAAAAUCAAAACACGCCCAAAUUUUCUAAUCACUCUUUAUCUCCCAAUUUAUAAAAUCAAAACACGCCCAAAUUUGCUCAUUGCGAAAAUAUUUCGAAAUUCAUUGUGUGUGCUGAAGUCGCAAAAGUUUGUAGGUUUUUGUUUAGUUGUUUAAAGUAAUUUAAAACCAAUAAUUGUAACUAGGAAUGUAAACUUUUAAAGUGUUUUUAAUAAAUGUAUUUACUAUGUUUUCUCUCCUAA